CUAGAAUCAAACCAGGCAUCGAGAGUCAUUGAGCUCAUAUGUCUUCUUAUCGGAUGCAGAGAGGAAUUGUAGGCCAGAAAGCCUAGAAGUGCAUGGUCCACUUCGUUGCCACCUUGUCCCCCACAAAGCCUCAUGGCUUAUUAAUUCAGGCUCUACGGGCGUAAGACCAUACCACCUUUCUGGCCAGAAACACUUCCAGGCGACCAAGGCUGGUUCGGAAUACGAUAACUGUACGAUCAUGAAGGAAACUUCCUCAGAGUGACGGGGGCUCUCUAUACCAUCGUCAAGUUGAUAACUGAAAUAUUAUCACUAUCCUUCUAUCUCCUCUUUUGAAAUGCCUCGAGGUAGGCCGAGAAGAACAUUAGCGCCAUGCACCUAUUGCGGGAAGCAGUUUGCUCGACGAGAGCAUCUAGUACGACAUGAACGAACACAUACACAUGAGAAACCAUUUGCUUGCGAUUGUGGACAGCAUUUCACGAGACAAGACCUCCUCUCUCGACAUGUCAACCUGAAGCAUCACGCUCGAAAUGAUCUUCAUUCCAAUACAUCAGUGUCUCUUGUAAAGAAGACUUCUUACGCAGAGCAGGAAGAUCCAGGUUUUGUUUUGGAUCCCGACCUAUUCCGUCAGGACAUGCUACCUCCAAUACUCUUCAAUUAUGAUAACGACACCUCUCCCGCCUUUCUUCGGUCGCAUAUUCAAUCCCCAAGUAAUCACAGCUUCCCACGCUUCAGCUCACGCUUGCCAAUUCUAGAUGACAUGCAAUACGAAGUCAAACACUACGAUGAAUCUAGCGGAUUAUUCGAAGACUCUAUUGGUGUUAUUCCUUGGGCCUUCUCUGAUUCUGUCUAUGAAGGGUUUUGUCUUGAAGUCGAAUCCUUUGCCGAGGCCCUUCCAUCUGGCUGGCGACUGCCGUCUCGGAACUCGCUAAGUCGCAACCUGGAAUCUUACUUCCGUUGCGUUCAAGAGAGCCUUCCUUUCAUUCAUUCUGCGACUUUCUCAGUUUCUAGAACAGAAAUCGAACUGCUUCUUGCCGCAGCUGCUUUGGGUGCAUUGAAUAGAUUUGAAAGUCACUGCUCUUACAUUUUAUACUUUAUGGCAAAAUGUAUCUUCGCCGAGAAGCUACGCCGUCAGGAGAGCGAAACACCUGAAGAGCCCACUGCAGAGCGACGACAUGGACUUAGGAAGAUUCAAACGCUGAACCUUCUUGUUUCAUAUGCAUCUUGGGCAGGGAAGGAUAUCUUUCCAGAUGGCUUGACCCUUGGCACGCAACUUAGCACGCUAGUGCGACGGCACGGACUUUCUGAGGUUCAAGAUGCGGCAUAUUCAUGUUUUCAGAACCAUGACGAUACACCAGAGUAUCAAGCGUGGUCCAAGUGGGUGGCAGCUGAAGAACGACGAAGGACAUUGCUCUGUGCUUAUGUGCUUCUCAGUCUGCAGAAUAUUGCAUACAACACUCCUCCCCAAAUCCUCAAUGUGGAGAUGGGAACUUUGCUCCCAAGCUGUAUUGAAGCGUGGAAGACAACGACUGCCGAGGCAUUCCAUCAUACUGCCUCAUACCACCGAGAAUAUCAUUUCCAAGAAGCACUUUCUCUCUUGCUUCAGGGAGUCGUGGUUCCGCUAUCUUCCUUUGCUAAUUACCUGCUCAUUCAUGCCCUUCUCCAGCAGAUUACCAUUGCUCAUUCUGAUGCAAAAGAAUCUUCACUGCAACCAGCAACUCUCAAGAGAUUCGAGCAUGCGCUGAGGACAUGGCAAUCAUCCUGGGAACUUACUUACGAAGCAACACUUGAUCCAUUGGUCUUGGAAAGCACUCCUAUCAAGACAACCAAAUCAUCUUGGUACUGA